AUGGAUCAAAAUAAUCAAAAUAAUUCUGGUGUUGAAUCGGAAGUAAAUGGUUCUACUGAAGCUGAAUCCAACACAAAUAUUCAAUCUAGAAAUAUUUUUGAUUUGACUGGCGUUCCAAAUACAGAAACGUCAAUUGAUUUAAAUCAAAUGCGUGUUGAUACAAUUCCUGAUUUGUCACGUUUUAAGGAUUUAGAGUUUUUGGGUCUACGCCAAAAUUUGCUUACUAGUUUAAACACAAAUAUUUCUUUAUUAAUAAAUCUCACUGAACUUGAAUUAUAUGACAAUCAACUAACAGAAAUACAAGGAAUUGAAAAUUUAAUUAAUUUGGAAAUUUUGGAUUUAAGUUAUAACAGAAUUGGAAAAAUAAAAGGUCUUUCAACGCUUUCAAAACUUCGUAAACUUUUUCUUAUAAAUAACAAAAUUGAACAAAUUGAAGGAUUGGAAGGAUUAAUUUCCCUUAAAUUAUUAGAAUUGGGAGAUAAUAAAAUUAAAGAAAUUUGUAAUUUAAAGUAUUUAAUUAAUUUAGAAGAAUUAUUUUUGGGAAAAAAUAAAAUUAAAAAAAUUGAAGGAAUUGAUUCUCUUGUUAAAUUAAGAAUACUUAGUUUACCUGCAAAUCGUUUGACAAAAUUGGAAGGUUUGGAAAAUUUGGUGGAAUUGGAAGAAUUACAUAUAAAUGACCAAGGAAUUGAAUCUUUAAAUGGAAUUGAAAAUCAGGUUAAAUUGCAAUUACUUGAUGCUGCUGCAAAUUCAAUUUCUUCUUUGGAUAAUUUGGGACAUUUACAAAAACUUGAAGAUAUUUGGUUAAAUAAUAACAAAAUUUCUUCUUGGUUUGAAGUCGAUAAAUUAUCUAAAUUAGAAUCUCUUAAAACAGUUUAUCUGGAACAUAAUCCAAUAUAUAAUGAAGGGUGUGCUAAUUAUAGAAGAAAAGCAAUAUUAGCACUUCCACAAAUACGGCAAUUGGAUGCUACAUUUUGUAGAUGA